AUGAGCAUAAGGGGUAUGUUGGAUAAUGAACUUAUUAUAUUAAAAAUAACCGAAUUUUUAAAUAUUCGAGAAAUUCAAAAUUUAAUAAUUUCAUUAAAUAUUAAUGUAAAAACAAAUGUAUAUUUUAUGAGAGAAUGUUUAUCUUUAAUAGAUAUAAAAAUUGGUAACAAGAAUGAAAUAAAUAAUUCGGAAAUAGAAACUGAUAAUAUUAUGGACAGUAAUAUUAGUAAAAUAGAAGAAAAUAAUGAUUCAGAAAAUGUAAAUAAUUUAUUUUCACAAACAUUUAAUUAUAUUGAUAUUGAAACAAAUUCAGAUGCUUCAACAUAUGGAAGUGUAACUUUUGAUGAUCCUAAUAAAAAUGAUAAUUCAUUUUUUCAUAACUAUGAAUGGGAAAAUGAUGGAAUUUAUAAUAUUAUACCAAACUUUGAUGAUAACAAUUAUGAAGAUAAUAAUUAUGAAAAUAAUAAAUAUUUUGAAACCCUUGAUACAAUAAAUAGCCAAAACACAAAUUUUAAUACGAUUGAAAAAAAAAAAAAAAAAAUAAAAUAUAUAAAAAAUAAAUUACCAUUUGAAAAUAUAUUCGAAAAGGAUCUAAAUGAUAUUCCAGAAAAUAGUUAUGAAAAUGAUUUUUGUCGAAAAUUUUUUUCAGCUAUUAACAUAGAUUAUACUAAAGUUAGUAAAAAGCAUAUUAAAUAUAUACUUGAAAUAAAAAAUAGUUUAAUAAAAAAUCAAGAAAAAAAUAGUGAUAAUAAUAAUCAAAUAGAAAAUGAAUUUAAUCAUAUAUGGUUGUAUAUGCAUAUGCGGAAUCCCAUAAUUGAUAUAAACAAACAAUAUAAAAAUAGCUUUUACAAAAUUAAUAUAAAUAAUUAUUGUCAUAAAAAUAAUAAAAUUCAAUUUGAUGUUUUUGGUAUUUAUAAAUAUAAUGAUAGAUAUUAUACUUUUAAUGAUAUACCAUGGAUUGAUAUAUAUUUCCAAUUAUGCUUAAAUUCGAUAUGUUCAUUUUGUAAUAUCAAACUAGAUCAAAAUUCAAAUUGUAUUUUUUCUGAAAAAAUUACUUUAGAAGCAUCUAACAGAAUAUUAUUAAAAUAUUUUAAUUCUAAAUGUAAAGACAUUUCGAUAAAUGAGAAUCCACUAAUUAAUCAGGUUGACACAUCUCCAAAAAAUAACAGUAAUGAUAGUAAUGAUAAUAAUGACAAUAAUAGUAAUGGCAAUAGUAACGGUAACAAUAGUAAUGACAAUAAUAGUAAUGGCAAUCUGGCUAGUUUUGAAAAUAAUGAGAUUAUAAAAAGUGAUGAUAAUUGUGACGAAAUAGUACCAUUUGAUGAUAUUUUUAAUGAAUCUAUAACUCCAAAAAAAAGAAAAUUAGAUUAUUUGAAUGAAUAUGACAAAAUUGAUAAUCAAAGUAAAAAUGAAUAUCCCGAUAAUAAAUUUGAAAUAGAAAAUAAUAAUAACGAUUUUUUUUUCAUAAAAAAAACACACAUAUUUUGUGAUGAAUGCUAUAAAUUGGUUUCAUAUAAAUCUGAUAUAAAACCAGUAUUUGAAAUAAUAAUAGAAGAUUAUAAUUUAUUAUUAAAAUUAAAUCUAGUUGAAAAUAUUAUAAAUUUUCCCAAAGAUUUAUUUUGUAUAUGUAAUUAUUUUUUUCUUAAAGAUCGAUAUAUUGAUUUUUUUAGAGAACUUAGUAUUAAAUUACAAGGAUUAAGAAAGCAAUUAAUAAAAAAAUUAAUAAAUAAUUUUAUUUUUUCUUUUACUCUUAAUUUUUAUAAAUAUAUAAUUAAGCCAUUAAUAUUAUGUGAUGAAGAUAAAAUAACAAAUCAGGAAAGUUUUUUUUUAGUUGGUUUUUAUAUAAAAUAUAAAAAUUUAUUAAAACUGUUUAAUAGUCCAAGAAUUACAUAUGUAUAUUAUUCUUUUAAUAUUAUUUUCCAAAAAAUUAAAACAUUACAAAUAUAUUAUAAUAAUAAAUUUUUUAUGAAAGUAUCAAGAUCUUUACAUUUUGAUGUUAUAACUUUUUUGGAAAAAUAUAAAAAAUCACAAGCUAGAGGUUUGUAUAGAAAUGUUUCGAGAUAUAUUUAUGAUCGUAUAAAUUAUGAUAUUAUGUCUAAAAACAAUUAUGCAGAAAUAUAUGAUUAUUUUUUUCGGUGUUUACGUGAAUAUAAGUUUACAUGA